UUCCAGACAAACAACUUGCAUUAUCAGUAUGGAACAAAAGAAGCUAGGAAAUAAGAAGAAAAGGAAAAACGGAAGUAUGGAUGAUGAAAGAUUUAAGACGGUUUUAAACGAUCCACGUUUUGACGCAUUACCAAGGAAAGAGAGGAAAGUAGUGGUCGACGAAAGGUUUAAAGAUAUGCUAGCAAGUGAAAAAUUUGCGCCAAAGAGUAACGUGGACAUGCGCGGACGAUGCGUCAAUUUGAGACCCAAAAAUGAUUUGACUGUUUUAUAUGAAUUGCCAAGUGAUGAUGGUAGUUCGGGUGUUGAAUCAGAAGAGAAAAAGAAAAUAAAGAUUGAUUUAGCUCGUGGGAAUGGUAACAUAACGUCGAGUGACGAAGAUUCAUCUUCCGAAUGGGACUUGGAAGAAGCAGCAGAAGAAAUGCAUGAUUGGGGUGAAACUGAUAAGGAUGCUUGUCGAGUUGAGUGGGCAUCUCGUCGUUUGGCUUUAUGUAAUAUGGAAUGGGAUCGAAUUUCGGCUACUGAUAUUUUUGUUAUGAUAUCCUCAUUCAAGCCACCUGCACCAGCUACUAUUCAGUCAGUGACAAUAUAUAAAUCGGAUUUUGGCCAGAAACGUUUAGAAGAAGAAGAACGUAUGGGGCCCAAACUGAUUAAACUGAAGAAACCAGUUGAGGAUAUCGAAGAAAUGGAUGAAGAAACUCGUGAAGCAAUGAGAGCUUAUCAGUUGGAAAGAAUGAGAUAUUAUUAUGCUAUUAUUGAAUGUGAUGGAGUGGAAACAGCCUCUUGUCUCUACGAGGCAUGUGAUGGUGUCGAAUUUGAAAGUAGCGCUGUACAUUUGGAUCUUCGCUUUGUACCCGAUGAUAUGACUUUUGAAAACAAUUCAGUGAAGGAGCGGGUUACUGCUGAGGAUAUCAAUUUGAAUGUGUUUAAGCCCAAGAAUUUCGAAAGUGCGGCUUUAUCAAAGUCGUCCGCUAAACUUACGUGGGAUGAAACAGAUCCAGAACGUAUCAAAGCGGAACGCGAUGCAUUUCUUCCAGAUGCGGAUCUUGAUCAAGUUCAGCAUUUAUUGGCUCCAUGUUCGUCUGAUGAGGAGAACGAUGAAACGGGGAAAAGUAUGGUGUUAUUGAAAGAAGCUGAAACAGAAGCUUCCAAAAAAGCUGAUUCGUUGAUGGAAGUAACGUGGGAUGUGGAAAUGAUGGAUGAUACGAUUUUGGAAAAGAAGACGAAAAAAUUUGGUGAACCAACACCUUGGGAAAAAUAUCUUGAGAAGAGGAAAGCUAAACGCAAAGAACGAAAAGCUAUGAUUGCUGAUUUGAAGAAAAAACAAAGAGAAGAAAUAGUCGAAAACACUACUGAAAAUAAUAUUAAGUCACUAACAAAAAAUAAACUGAAAAAAGAUGUCAAUAGUGAUGAAAGAGAUUAUAUCGAUGAUGAAAGAUUCAAAGCUUUGUAUAGCAACAGUGCUUUCGCCGUUGAUCAAUCUCAUCCUCUCUUCAAAUCAUCCAAACUCGCUCUAAGACAGGCUGAAGAAAAGCAGAAACGUAGAGCCAGUAGUCCAUUCGACGAUAACGUCGAAGCAUUAGCAAAUAAAUUGAAGAAAAAAGCAGCUGAUGCGAAGAAGUGGAAAAAAAUUUAUUAAGACCUUCUUUAAAAUAACAUUUUCCACGAAAAUCGAAUUUGUAGCUGUCCGUACUUGUCAUCUUUCCAUAUACACUUUUUUCUUUUCUAAUUUUAAAUUUAUGUUAUCUGAUCUUUGGUCCUUGAAUUUUGAGCGCAAGCUGAAAUGCAGUGAUCAAUUUUAUGGACAUGUCUUGUGUGAUCCAUGUUGUUGUAUUCAUGGGGAAUCAUUCCAGAUCUCUGACCACAGGUCCG